AUUUUGUGUCUGACUAUGUCUGCGCCUGCUAACGUCUUGUUUCUUUCCUUCUAGGCAAUUCCCGAGCAGACCAAGAAGCCCAAGUCCCUAUCGGUCCUCUCCAAGCUGCACAAAGUAUCUCGACCUCGUUGGCUCCGUCCUCUUAGCCGCCGCCGUUCUGCAGGUCCUUCUCGCCGUCCAGUACGGCGGCAACAAGCAUGCCUAGAGCAACUCUCGCGUCAUCGCCUCUUCUGCGGCGCUGCGGCCACGGCUGUCGUCUGGUUUUGCUAGAACAUGCACAAGGGCGAUGAAGACCUGCUUCCCCAUUCCAUGAUCAACCGCACCGCCGUGUGGUCGUCAGGCGUCUACCAGGCCUGCCUCAUGUCUGCCGUAUACGACGCUAUCUAUUUUCUCCCCAUCUACUUUCAAUCCAUCCAUAACACGAGUCCCAUGAUGAGCGAUCUCUAUAUCUUACCUAUUAUUCUCCCUCAGGUCGCCAAGGCUGCGUCUUCCGGUGCCAUAAGUAAGUCUGCCGACAACGAGAAUUCAUUCCCCGUGCUUUCCCUCCGCUCCUUCAAAACGGCGCGCUUUAUUCACAUGUACCAAGUUCAACCUCUCAAGCGAUCAUACACCAUUAAUUUCAAAGUAAUAAGUAUAAUAUUCUUAAACAUAAAAGACGUCAAUGUCAUAAUUUUAGUAAUAAUGACUUCGUUGUAUAUAAUUAUUAUUUCAGGUUAGAAAUUGAGAUUUGAAAUCAAUAUCCCGUACGCGGUCAGAAAGAAAGUGCCCAC